UGAAGAUCGACCGAACCUCAAACCUCUUGACUUUUCGAUCUCCACCAAUUUUUCUUUCGUUUCCGGAUUCCAAACAAAUUUCCUCUAUAGUUGUUCAGUUUGAUCAUUCUCCGUUUCUUCGACAGUUAAUACAUACCUACGUAGCAGCUACCUGAAACUUCGGCUUAACAAACAACUAAGGGCUCCUGCCUCGAUUAUCGGUUAGCAUCUUUAAUAGUAGGAAGUUAUAGGGCAGAGCAAUCGACUAGCGACGAUGGUUGACAGACGAAACAGACCGACGGCGCUGGCCACCACCCCGGGUCUUCCUCCUCAGCCUCAGGUUAACUUCUCUCAUGAGAAUUCGCGCGUAACGGCUGUGUUGCCCGCCGGCGAGAGUGUCGAAGUCUUACUCUACGGCGCGACCGUCAUCAGCUGGAAGAACCGAUUCGGAAUCGAGAAGCUCUGGCUAUCGGACGCCGCCAAGCUUGACGGAUCCAAAGCCGUGCGAGGUGGUAUUCCUUUGGUGUUUCCCGUAUUCGGUACAGCUCCGGACCAUGCCGCGACCUCGAAAUUACCGCAGCACGGCUUUGCGCGCAACUCGCGAUGGGAGUUCCUAGGCAAGUCGAGCUCCGAGUCGGCCAGCCCUUCCGACAUCUCCGUCAAGCUAGACUUCGGCCUCUCUUCCGCGACCCUCGACGACCAGGUUAAGAGCCUGUGGCCUUACACCUUCUCUAUCAUCUACAGCGUCACAUUGACUCCGGAAAACCUGAGCACGAGUAUCGUCGUUACUAAUGACGGUAACCAGCCCAUCGAGUUCCAGACUCUGAUGCACACUUAUCUACGAGUCGAGGAUAUCUCCAAGAUCCAGGUCACGGGUCUUGAGGAAUCAGACUACGUCGACAAGGUGGAUGCCGCUAAGGAGAAGAAACAGUCUGGCGCUGUAACCAUCGCAGGCGAGGUAGACCGAGUUUACUCUCCGGCUAAAGGACCCUCGAGUCCAGUAGUCGUCACGGAGGAUGGUGAAACCGUUUUCAGCAUCGUCAGAGACAACCUUAAGGAUGUUGUGGUCUGGAACCCGUGGACGGACAAGGCUGCAGGAAUGGGCGAUUUCGAGCCUAAGGACGGCUUCAAGAACAUGAUCUGUAUCGAAGCCGGUUCUGUUAAGGGCUGGAUCACCCUUGACCCUAGCGAUGCAUUCGAGGGUGCUCAGACAAUUUCCGAUUGACUUCUCAGAGACAAUGAUGUCUCUAACGGAGCUACAAGGAUGGCGGGCAGGUUAUGAUUGAACGAACGUUGAUAAGUUACGCAGUUGCUGGGGAUAAAGGACACGGCAAUGUCUUUGAAGAUAUGGGAGUCCUAUAGCGUGGGAGAAAUUCUGAUUAGAUCUCCUUACUUGCUAUCUUCUUUCCUACUAGAGGGAGGGGAAUCAUGAUACGUACCGAAUCAGUUACAGAGAUAUCCAUCCGUUCCUUUACUUUUCUUGGACUUAUUUCCCUGUAGUCUGACUUGUCCGUGAAGGAAGCAGAACUAUCAAGAACUAUCACUGAUUGACCUGAAGUGACC